AUGUCGUCCAGUGAGAUAUAUCGUUACUAUUACAAAACUUCUGAGGAUUUGCAGGCAUUCAAAACGAGUGCGAAUGAGCCGUACUUCAAUCCAAUGGCCGCCUAUAAUCCACCGCCACUGGUUGGCAAUAAUAAUAGUCACCAGCACCAGCAACAACAAUUCAAUUGUGCACCCACCAACAAUUUUCUAUCGACCAACGGCUUCAUCACCUUCGAGCAAGCAUCUUCCGAUGGCUGGAUUACCUCCUCGCCAGCUAGUCAUCGCUCUGAAAGUCCCGAGUAUGUGGAUCUCAACACCAUCUAUGCGAAUGGUGGUACACACAAUGGCGCUCACUCGCUGCACGCAACUGUAACGCAAUUCGGUUUGCAUUUGGAGUCUCCGUCAGUGCCAACAAGUACGCAGCUAACGGGAUUAACAACAACGCCCUCAGCCGCAAUCGCCAAAACGAGUGCCUCCAAGGGUACCGGCAGCAACAACAGCGGAACAACGAAAGCAAAACGUUCUUAUACACGCCGCACACCAAAAACAACCACAGCUGCAUCAGCGGAGCUGCCACCAAUCACCAGCGAUGCCAUCGUUUCUAUAGCCACCAAUGCCGCGGCUGCGAUCAGCGCGAACCCUCAUAUAAUCACCAACAAUGCCUACACGCAUGAUUUCCAAAGCUUUGAUUUUGAUCACGCCGCCGCAUUAUUUGAUGGUGACAGUGUCGAUGACGAAGACGUCGACGAUCAUAUGUUGCUCUUCGGCGCCGACGAUGACUUCGAAGCCGCUGACGGUUCUUUCGAGCUUGUCGAUCAACCGGGCGUAAUGCAGUCAGAAGGAGUGACUGGUGCCAUCGCACAACCCGCCGGCGUUAAGAAACGUCGCGGCAAACAAAUCUCGCCGGUCAUCAAGCGUAAGCGUCGUUUAGCGGCAAAUGCGCGAGAACGUCGACGCAUGCAGAAUCUAAAUGAGGCCUUCGAUCGGUUGCGUCAAUAUCUGCCGUGCCUGGGCAAUGAUCGGCAGCUUUCCAAGCAUGAGACGCUACAGAUGGCGCAAACAUACAUAGCGGCGCUGGGCGAUUUGCUGCGCUAA